CUCUCGACUCGACGUCUCUCCCCUUCAGCCUCCCCUUCUUCCUCAUUCAUCAUCAAUUGCGUCGCUGUCCCCCUUUCCCCACCGGGUCGCCCACGACUCUGAAGAAGACAAGACUGGUGGUGAACAUCAACACCAUCACGUCGUAGCACUCGUCUCUACGUCUCGGCAUCGCCGCCGUCCCAUCAUCCUCAGCCCUACGUGCCGACGCCCCACUGAAAAAGGUAGAGAAAAAAGGGACGCGGAUCAUCUCACUCCCCCGUGGGGACCACCCGGGAGAUUUUCAGAAUCAAGCAGCAGUGAGAAAGUGAAUACCAAAUAAGAACAAGGAGGAGCAAGAAUACCGCCAAGAUGGCACUCAUGGCCCGGAUCCUCCGCUCCAUCGUGCGCAACGAUGCCAUGCGAUCCGACCCAGACGUCAUCUACGGCUGGCGCGUCUUCGCCCUCGUCUUCGCCUCGUGCUUCGGCGGCAUGCUCUUCGGCUGGGACACGGGCGCCAUCGGCGGCGUCCUCGCCAUGCCCGCCUUCCAGGACGUCUUCGGCACCGCCAACAAGUCCAAGCAGGACAAGUCCAACCUCGAGCAGAACAUCGUCUCCACCCUCCAAGCCGGAUGCUUCGCCGCCUGCUUCGCCACCAGCUGGCUCGCCGACCGCUACGGCCGCAGGCCCUGCCUCAUGGCCACGGGCGUCCUCACCGCCGCCGGCGUCGCCCUGCAGGCCGCGAGCGCCGCCCACGGCACCCUCGCCGUCAUGUACGUCGGGCGCUUCGUCGCCGGCCUGGGCGUGGGCGCGGCGUCGACGCUCACCCCGCUGUACGUGUCGGAGUGUGCGCCGCGGUCGAUCCGUGGUGGCUUGACGGCAUUCUACCAGCUCUUCAUCGUCACGGGAAUCAUGAUCGCCUUCUGGGUCAACUACGGUUGCCUCCUUCACGUGUCCGCCCCGGCCGUCUACGUCGUGCCCCUUGCCCUGCAAGCCCUGCCCGCCAUCUUUUUGAUCGGCGGCAUGUUCCUUGCCCCCGAGAGUCCACGAUGGUGCGCCAGAAAAGACGACUGGGAGCGGGCCACCAAGAUUCUCGUCAAGCUGCGAUGCCUGCCUGCCGACUCCGAGUACGUCUCCAACGAGAUCCAGGACAUGGCCAGCCAGCUCGAGAUCGAGAGGCGGUUGACGGGCGACGCCACCGCCAAGACCCUCCUCAAGGAGAUGUUCCUCAUCCCCGGCAACCGCAGGCGAACCAUCAUCUCCAUCGUCCUCAUGAUCUGUCAGCAGAUGACUGGCGUCAACGCCAUCAACUACUACGCCCCGCAAAUCUUUCAGAACUUGGGCAUGACUGGCACCGACUCGUCCCUCUUCGCCACGGGCAUCUACGGCGUUGUCAAGAUGGCCGCCUGCUCCGUCUUCCUCCUUUUCAUCGCCGACUCGCUCGGUCGCCGCUGGGCUCUAUUGUGGACGAGCGGCGCCUUGGCCAUUGUGCUGUACAUAAUCGGCAUCUACGGCCGAGUGCAGCCUCCCGUCAAGGGCGAGCCCGUCUCUGCUUUCGGAUAUGUCGCCAUUACUUGCAUCUACCUGUGGGCUGCGCUUUUCCAAUUCGGCUGGGGUCCAGCAUGCUGGAUUCUCGUUUCCGAGAUCCCGACGGCCCGCCUGCGUGCCAUGAAUGUGGCCAUUGGCGCCGCCACCCAAUGGCUCUUCAACUUUGUCAUGGCCCGAUCUGUUCUCACAAUGCAAGCGACCAUGGGCAAGGCCGGAUAUGGCAUGUUCUUCAUGUUUGGCAGCUUCGACAUCAUCAUGGGCUUUUUCGUCUACUUUUUCGUCCCUGAGACCAAGGGUAUCAGCCUAGAGAAGAUGGACGAGCUUUUUGGCGUCACGGAGACGGCCAAGAGGCUGGACGAAGAGGCUGACGGCGACCACCCGGUGAGUGUGCGAUCGGAGCGGGCUGGUAAAUCGUAGAUGCCAGGAUCAGGCUGCGUAAUUAUGUAGGUUGGGGAAUUGCUUUGAUGGUGCGGUAAUGCUUUUGUUGGGAUGGCCACCCUGUCUCAGCCCUUGACCACUGCCAGUCGCGACUGAGACAAAACGUGACUACCUAUUUUGUACAUACCAUGCAUGUGGCGUCAGCCAAAUACGUAACGCGUCGGUUGAGGGACGAGGCUACGUUGGCCGAGACAGCCAAGACACACAAUCGCGCCUCGGGACUCGGCUACCAGAACCCAGCAGCCAACAAGGCUGAGGGCCAGGCCACAACCGCCCUGGACUUGACAGCAUGUUACUGAUAAUCCACGUGUGGCAUUCGCGAUGAGGAGGUGACUGGUGGCCAUUAGUCGG